UUUGCGCUUCUUUUAGUCAACGCCAGUUAGUUAUUCUAAACUUUUACCUUUCAUCAUGAAACUGUUCGGUCUUGUCGUGUUGGUGAUGGCAGUGCUAGCCCUGCUGGGCGGCGCUAGUGCCAACCCUAAGGGCAUCGGUGGCGCCCUCAGGAAGGGCGGGAAAGUUAUUAAACACGGGCUCGGUGUGAUCGGUGUCAUCGGCACCGGCCACGAGAUCUACCAGCAGAACCAUAACUAGGCGAUAUCUACGUGAUGUCGGGCUGCUUACACCCACCCAGUCAACCGCCGCUGCAGUAUAAUCAUUCCAAUAGAUAAAUAUAUAAGUGUAUGUUAUAAAUCCUGUUACUAUUUAAUAAACCGUUGA